UUCCCUGCCGUCCUCGGGAGCGGCUGCGCCUGCGCACUGGAAGCUCCGUGGUUAGGUCCGUUGUCCAGCGGUUGACAGCGUCCUGGUUAGGGAGCCUGAGAGUGAGUAGCGGGGUUUAUUGCGGAGUCGGAGCCCGAGCGCCGCGUACAGAUCGGUCCUCGUCGUCCCCGCGUUCCCAGACGCCGGCGCGGCGCGUCCUGAGGCUCGAGGGUCGCUUCAGGAUCCGGGCUGAUCACAGCAGACUCCAAGAGUAGAGGGAGCAGGAUUUUCAACACCAUACUCCAAGUAGACAGAAGGUCUGGAAUUCCCAAGACACUGUUCUGCAAGACAGAAACCAGGAGGAGGCAAACAUGACCGUUGAACUAGUGAAGGCCACCAUCCAGGACUCUGUUACAUUCAAAGAUGUGAUGAUAGACUUUUCCCAGGAGGAAUGGAACUGGUUGAAUCCUGCUCAGAGGAGUUUAUACCGGACUGUAGUGUUGGAGAACUAUCGGAACCUGGUUUCUGUGGGAGCUUGCAUUUCUAAGCCGCAUCUAAUUGCCCUACUGGAGCAAGGGAAAGAACCUUGGGAUGUGAAGAGCAAGGUGAGAAGAAGACCACUACAAGAUGGGGAAUCUGAACACAAGACACAACAAUUAUCUCCAAAGCAAUUUGUGUAUGAUGAUGUGUCAGUGGAGAAAAUUCCAAGUGUUGGUCUUGAGCGUCCCACUUGUGGAAAAAAGUGGAAAUGUAAAAACAUUUUUGAGAAGCAGGUGGCAAGUCAAGAGACACUUAGCAGAAAAGAAACAGCUACUCACACAGAAACUCUCACUAAAGACAUAGGCUACAAAUACACCAAAUCUUCAAAAUCUGUCCUUCUGGACAAUGCAGAAGAGAAAAUUUAUAGUCCCAAGUCUGACAAGAAAAGCUUCUCCAAAAAUUCCAAAGUACGGAAAUACAAGAAAGUCUGGGCAGGAAAGAAGGUUUUUAAAUGUACUGAAUGUGAGAAAACCUUUACCCACAGUUCCUCUGUUACUGUUCAUCAGAGAAUUCAUACUGGUGAAAAACCAUAUAAAUGUAAGGUCUGUGGAAAAGCCUUCAAGCAGAGUCAUCACCUUGCUCAACAUCAUACAACACACACCCAUGAGAAACUCUUUGAGUGUAAGGAAUGUAAGAAAGCCUUCAGCCAGAAUUCAUACCUUAUUGUACAUCAAAGAAUUCAUACUGGAGAGAAACCCUAUAAAUGCAAGGAGUGUACAAAAUCCUUCAGGCAGCCUGCGCACCUGGCUCAGCAUCAGAGAAUUCACACUGGGGAGAAACCUUAUGAAUGUAAGGAAUGUGGGAAGGCUUUCAGGGAUAGCUCCACUUUUGCUCAACAUCAGAGGUGUCACAAUGACAAACGACCCUUUCAGUGUGUGGAGUGUGGCCAAGCCUUCAGGUAUAACAUGUCCCUUACCCGUCACUUCAGGCAUUAUCAUACUGGAGAGAAGCCAUUUGAUUGUACUGAUUGUGGUAAAGUCUUCAGUGUCCACAUAGGACUUACUUUGCACAGGAGAAUUCAUACUGGAGAGAAACCCUACAAAUGUAAUGUGUGUGGAAAAGCAUUCCGCAGCGGUUCAUCCCUGACAGUACAUCAGAGAAUCCACACAGGAGAGAAACCUUAUAAAUGUGAUGUUUGUGGGAAAGCUUUCAGCCACAGCAUGUCACUCACUGGACAUCAAAGAGUACAUUCAGGAGAGAAGCCUUACAAGUGUAAGGAAUGUGGGAAAGACUUUAGGCAGAGUAUACAUCUUGUUGUUCAUUCAAGAAUUCACACUGGAGAAAAGCCCUAUGAAUGUAAACAGUGUGGGAGAGCUUUUAGAGAAAGUUCACAGCUGACUACACAUCAGAGAAACCAUACAGGGGAGAGGCCUUUUGAAUGUAAGGACUGUGGGAAGUCUUUCAAAAGAAAUACCUAUCUUGCCAGACAUCAGAAAAUUCACACAGGAGACAAACCUCAUGAAUGUAACGAAUGUGGUAAAACCUUCACUCAUACUGCGUAUCUCAUAAGACAUAUGAGAGUUCAUACUGGAGAGAAACCUUACAAAUGCACUGAGUGUGGAAAGGCAUUUGGUGAUGGCUCAUCCCGUGCGCAGCAUCAGAGACUUCACACGGGCCAAAGGCCCUAUGCAUGUGAUACAUGUGGAAAGGCAUUCAGAACAAAGUCAUCCCUUACUAGUCACCAAAGACGUCAUACUGGAAAGAAACCUUAAACUGUAGCCCAUGUGUGGCAGUCCUUUAACCACUGUCAAGCCCUUAGCAUUCAUCAGAGAAUUUAGCCUAAAGACAAACACAAGAAUAUAAGGAAUACAGAAGACCUUUCAGCCCGAUGGUUUACCUUAGUGUGUGGAAGAAUUCUCACAGGUAAGAAAGCUCUUCAGAGGAUAAGGAGUGUGGCGAAGUCUUCAGGCAAGAAAGACACACAUUGUUCACUGUGAGUUCCUGCUUCAGAAUCCUCAGGCAUUCCUCACGCUUGGUCACCACAUCCUCUGGAUAUAUCUAAAUAUACUUGGAAUGCAUCCACAUAUUUCUGUUUCCAUCAGCCUUCUCCAAAACACAAUGAUUUCACUUGGACUUUUCCUAACGUCUGUAAAUGGUCUCUUCUACCCUUUUUUGCACCCCUCAAGUUUAUUGGAAUCUUUUAAAAAUGCAAA